GGCUUUGUUGUCCAAAUCAUUAGAGAGAUUCCUGAGUCCAAUGGCCACGCUGGAGACCUCUCAUUUCUGUAGCUCCUCUGAUGGAAGGAGGCGGGAGGGAUGGAUCAAUAGAUGUGAUCUGCUUCUGGGCCGGCUGUGUCUCGUGGUCCUGCUGGAGAAUGGGGCUCAUGUUGUCGCGGUGGACUGAGCUCAUGGCUUUUUAAAGACUAUAAUGACAUAACUGUGAAGCAGCUAAAUAUAAUCCUUUGCUGCAGUCCUUAAAAAAACAUAAUUAUCCAGUCUGCGGUCUCCUCAAGUGGUAACAUUGCACAUGUCACUAGCUUGCCCACUAUUGAUCUGGGACCCUCCUUUUCAGUUGUAACAAUAAACACUUCUUUCUCUGACUCUUUUUUUCUCUUUGCUUUAGAGAUGUACCAAUCAGAUUUUUCCUGGCUAACACUAAUUUUUGUUUUUUACUUCUCUCAUUUAUCUUCUGCUGAUUUCAAUUUUGCUACAGAUUUUUUAUAUUAGGAAUGUGGUAAAAAUGUGUCGCAGAUUCUUUGAUCAAGUCAAGUUUAUUUCUACAGCACAUUUCAGCAACAAGGUAGUUCAAAAUGCUUUGCAUGAUAAUAUAAUACAGCAACCAAUUAUAAAACAAGCAAUAAACAUUACAUGUUAGUAGCAUCUAUCAAUAGCUUUUGUAAUUUUUUUAAAUUUAAAAUUUUUUGUUGAUUUUAAUAUCAAGUACAAACACAAGGAACAAAAAAGCCCAGUAAAGGCUUCCACACACAAUAAUGAAAACAGCAAACCAGCAAAAAAAAUAAAACAAAAACAUUAAUAAGAGUCAAAGUGCAAUUAGCUUCUUCCUUCAGUCCGUGUCACCUCAUAACCACUCCAAGCUCAAAAAUGAGCAAAUAAAUAAAAAAAAUAAGAAAAGACUAAAGUCUUAGGAAUUAAGUAGGAAAGACUUUAAUUACAUCUGGUUUGUAGUUCAGAUUGUCAAACAGUUUUUCUUAAGAAAGAUUGGCGGAUAUCUAAGUAAUCCACAUAUUCAUUGUGGGAAAGGUGCAUUCAAGUGUCUUUUAGCUUUAAACUCUAGGUGGUUUAAGUUUUGAUGCAUUUAAUGAAUAAGAGAAAUCUAAAUUUAAUCAGAGGUAAUGAUAUGUUUCAAUCUCCGUCCAACUGAUCGUUGCAUCUGAACUUUUCUUCAUGUUUUUUCCUUUCUUACUUUGUCUUCCUGCUCUUCCUGAUUCCAUUUUUUUUUUAUCUUUCCUUUUGUUUGCCUCUAUGGAUCUGCACAUCAUAAAUCUCUGUCAGCUUCUCCUGAGUGUCUGGCAUAUCUGUUAAUAAAGAGGACCCUCCUCUCUUUCAGGUCCACCUCUCCUCCCUCCUCCUCCCCUCAGUCAUCUCUCUCUGCCAGAGCAGGACUAAUGAAUGAGAAACUCCAAAAUUAGAGGCCUCUCCGUCAUAGAUUGGAUUGGUCCCUCUGGAGUGCUGGGUUUGCCUCCAACCUAACCACAGCCAUCAAACCAACACUCCUCCCCCAAUAUUUCCAUUUUUUAUAUUCUGUAUUUAGCAGGAACAUGCAUUUGAACACACGUUUGUGCUCACUGUCCCAGGAGUAAUUCAGCCUCGUAUUCCCCUGAUGGUCUGCAACUUGAAAUCAGAGAAGCAAAAUCCAGACAGCAUAUUUUUGGAGAAUUGCACUUUUUUCAACAUCAAACGGGUUCAUAGCAAAAAUGUUGGCUCUUGUGUCAGAACACAACUCAAGCACCCAAAAAUGGCUGCUGAAUAGAAUGGCCGCUGAUGAACGGCAUCUACCGUCCAGCUGUGGGUCCUACAUCAAGACAGAGCCAUCCAGCCCCUCCUCGGUCAUCGACACGGUCAGCCACCACAGUCCCAGCGGAAAUUCGGAUGCCAGUGGUGGCUAUGUCAGUACCAUGAACAGCCACUCUAACGGCCUGGACUCUCCACCCAUGUUCACCCCCGGUGGGCUCGGCGCCGGUUCCUGCCGCAAGCGCUACGACGAUUGCUCCAGCACCAUCAUGGAGGACUCGUCCAUAAAGUGCGAAUACAUGUUAAACUCCCUCCCCAAGAGGCUGUGCCUGGUCUGUGGAGAUAUAGCCUCGGGGUAUCACUAUGGGGUAGCUUCUUGUGAGGCCUGCAAAGCCUUUUUUAAAAGGACAAUACAAGGUAACAUAGAAUACAGCUGUCCUGCCACAAAUGAAUGUGAGAUCACAAAACGGCGACGCAAAUCAUGUCAGGCUUGUCGCUUCAUGAAAUGCCUCAAAGUGGGGAUGCUCAAAGAAGGUAAGAAGAGGGUUCGUUUGGACCGUGUGCGAGGGGGCAGACAGAAGUACAAGCGGAGGCUGGACACAGAAAACAGCCCAUACCUGGGCUUGACGCUCCCCCCUCCUACUAAAAAGCCUCUCACAAAGAUAGUGUCUCACCUGUUGGUGGCCGAGCCAGAAAAGAUCUAUGCCAUGCCUGACCCGACCAUGCCAGAGAGUGACAUCAAGGCUCUUACCACGCUGUGUGACCUGGCUGACCGCGAGCUUGUGGUCAUCAUUGGCUGGGCCAAACACAUCCCAGGCUUCUCCACCCUCUCUCUGGGAGACCAGAUGAGCUUACUGCAGAGCGCCUGGAUGGAAAUCCUCAUCCUUAGCAUCGUGUUCCGCUCGUUGCCGUACGAGGACGAGCUGGUGUACGCCGAGGACUACAUCAUGGACGAGGAGCACUCGCGGCUGACGGGUCUGCUUGACCUCUAUGUCUCCAUCCUGCAGCUGGUGCGGAAGUACAAGAAGCUCAAGGUGGAGAAGGAGGAAUUUGUGACCCUCAAAGCCAUCGCUCUCGCCAACUCAGACUCCAUGCACAUAGAAGACAUGGAGGCGGUCCAGAAACUGCAGGACGCUCUCCACGAGGCCCUUCAGGACUUCGAGAGCAGCCAGCAUCAGGAGGACCCGCGACGGGCUGGCAAGCUGCUCAUGACGCUGCCCCUGCUGAGGCAAACUGCAACUAAGGCUGUGCAGCACUUUUACAGCAUUAAGGUGCAGGGCAAGGUGCCCAUGCACAAACUCUUCCUGGAGAUGUUGGAGGCCAAGGUCUGAUUGGAGGCAGUGGGCUGCAACAAGAAGACAGAGAGUGACUUGAAUCAUGGCUGAGGGAUCUCAGAAGACAGAAUCGGCCAUGUAGUUUGCAGAGCAGAGACUGACAACUCCUCCUCUUUGCGGAACCUUGGGACUUUAAAUUCAAAAAGGAAAAAAAAAAACAAGUCAAAAACUUGGGUUAUUAGUAUAAAUAUAAAAUGAUGCAGAUUAAUUUAAAAUAUAUAAUAAAUGCUAUGUACAGUAAUAAUUUUCUUUUUGUAAUUGUCAGUGGUCAUGCUCUAUAUGAAGGACCUUCCUGCCCCUUUGCAUCUUCAGAACAAGUAGAAAGUUCCUAAAAAAAUGUUCUGAAGAAAGCAAAGGCGUCAACAACCAUAAGCAGACUCGUGUGUUGUUGUUUUUUGUCUGGACUUAACCAGGACAUGUAAAUAAUUAUUACUUGGAAAGCUGAGUGUACAGUUCAAAAUCCGACAAACUUGGUAACCAUGUUUUCUUCUUCUCCUCCUGCAAAAGAAAAAAAUGUAAAGAAAGAAAAAAAAGAGAGAAAUGAGGAAAAUUGUUACCUAAAUGUGAACUCUUAUCAAUUAAAUGUCCUUGGAUUAAUAUACCUCUCCUGAGCAGUAAGCAGUGUGAUCUUAGUGGAUCCUUCUCAGACUGAAAGACUCGCUGAAUCCAUGUUUAACCAACCUAGCAUAGGCAGGUAAAAUAGUCUUAUGUAGUAAUUCAGCAAUAAGAGGGACUGUGGAAAAGCCAUGCUUAAUUUUCAGUGUUUCAUGUGCUUUUCUUUGCUGCUAUUGCCUAAAGACCAUGCCUGUUCAUAGUCACUUUCACCUAUGCGAGUCACCACUUGUUCCCCUGUUGUACACUCAUAUUUCUCCUCUAGUGAAGAAGUUUGUGUUGGUGCUUCUCAAGCACUAAAACCCCAGAUUCAGCUGUCGCUUAAGCCUGUGGAAAUUGCUUCUUGACAUGCAAAUAGAUGACCGGAUUCAGUCCAUGUGAAAGAUAAUCAGUGGUUUCGGUGUGGAAGUUUCAAAGGAUUUAUGCCGGUUGAAGUCUAUGAGAUUCCUUGUUCAAACAAUCAGAGGCCUAUAUGUCAACCACACUAUUUUGGGCUCUUUAAGCCAGAGGGAGCAAGGUGUCCGGCAUCUGCUCUCACCAUUUUAGACACCUUCCAUCUUUUAAUAGCGGCGCCUGCAUUUAUGGGGCUUCAGCUGAAUGGAGGUAAAUAGCAGGUGCAAAGCAGGAUCUCUGGCGCUUCACAUUGGGUUUAUUUUUACCCAGUGGGCGGGGUGGGCGGUAGUCCGUACAGCCUCUGGACUAGGAGUACAAUGAACACAUGGACCACUCCUUGACCUCAUGUUGACUUGGUGGCCGAUGCAGAAUAACACCCAUCCCGCCGGUAUCCGUGAGAAUCUCGAGCGCCCAAUCAUGCACAUGUGAACAGCUAUGCAAGAAACAAAGUGUGCAUGCCUCAAAGGGCAAUGGUGUGUCUGUGCAAGGUGUGAUCUCUGGUGGGGGGGAAAUUGUCCUGCUUCUCCCCGUGUUUAGGUCCAUUACGCUAAGUGUGAGUAAUGCUUCAGUGCCAUCCGCCGCCCUCCACGUGCAGGGGAAUGUGCUGGUAGGGAAUGCUUAUACUGCUGUAGUGAUAAAUUGUGGCUAUGUCACAACAAUAUGAUACUGUGAUCAAAGGAAUCCCUGACAUUGCAUAGGUUAGAGUUGCGGCUACGCUUGUGAUAUCAAAGGCUAGCGGCGAUCGAGCGGUCAGCAGCUGCCUGAAUGGCCACUUAAUGGAGAAUAACUACUCCCCAGAUCAUCCUACACCUCCCUACUUGAACUACCCAGUGAACAAACGCUGCUGUAGUAGGUGAAAUUUAAGUUGUUUUACUGUUGUGCAAUACAGCAGGGACCAAUUCUGACUGAAAUCAUGCUAAAGGCAUGUAUUUAGACAGCAUAUUCAAAAUCUUUUAGGUAUAAAACAGUGUAAUUAGAUUUCAUUUGCAUGUAUUUCAGUUAAAAUUGCAGUAAAAAGAAAGAGAUAGCAAAGAACAAAAUUCAAAUAGAGGAAUGAAUAAAGCAACGGUUUUUCUCCUGCAAAAUGGCACUGUAUUACGUAUAAAACUUAUAUUAUAGGCAUGGGCCAAUGUGAGUCUCAACUUGAGUAGAAAUAUCACCUUUACAAGGUAUCACGGUUAUAACAAAGCGAGUUAAAACUGAACACACAAUAUGAUCUAAAUGCUUUUAUGCAAUUCCCAGCUGUAGUUUUAAAACAGAGUUCUCAUAAUAAGAGCCAGUUAAACUUCCACAACAUUCCCUUAUGGAAACUUUUAACUGCAGAAGCAAAAAUGUGGGAACUUGCAGCCAUAUUGUGAAGGGAAUGCUUAUCGGUAUAAAUUGUGACUAUCAUAACAUUUUGAUACUGUGAUCAAAGGAAUUUAUGACUCUCCCCUACUUGCUCUUGCCACUGUCCAACUAACUGCUUUCUAGAAGGAAGCUAUUUUAAUGUUGAACAAUUCAGCAAGGACCAGUUUUGACUGAAAACACUCUUAAGUGCUUUUUGAGUGAGCAACAUUUUAAAUAUUUUUUCUUAUAUUUGAAAUCAUUUUGGUCAAAACAAUGCAACCUUUAAUUUGCACUUAUAUCAGUAAAAAAAAAAAAUAAAUUAGCAAUUGUUUUGUAAACAAAAUUUUAUAGAUGGUCAAAAUUCUAGGGAAUAAUUUUUAACUUUUGAUAAUUUUUCUCUGCAUUGUGACACCACAGUAAGUGAAAGACAGAACUGGUCUGUGUGUGAGCCGGUAUAAGAGUCUCAUCUUGAGUAAAAAUAUGGUUGGUAAAGAUUUAAAACAAAAAUCUACAACAUGAUCACUUGAUUUGAAACAGCUUGCCAUAUGUUAUUAAGAGUGAUGGCUGGUCCAUGCUUUCCAGAAAUAAUAGCAAACUUUCAAUUCAGUCUUUUUUGUAAGUGUAAGAAAAACUUAAAAGGUUUCUUUAGCCCAGAUCGUAGCAAAAGGUGGGGGAAGGGCAGCAGUGCAUUACUCUAUGCACCACAUAGCCAGAGAAAACUCCACUCAGCCAGACAAUUUUCUCUGGCAACUAAUUAAAAUAACUUUAAACUAUAGGAAUGGUAUGGAGACUUUUUAAAAAUCUUGAUUAGAGUAACCGGCUCAUGCCUACUUACAAGUUGUUUCUGUAUGUGUAUUGUAAAUAUAUUAGCAUCAACAACAGUAGGUUGCCGAAAUACCACUGGAGAACUAAGUAUGCAGCGCCCCGCUGGCUACUACCUCAUCAAUAUAUUAUCAAUGUUCCUCUGGUUCAACUUUCUGCUCUCAUCUGUGACAUACCUGAGCCAUUAUUGUUUUUAUCAACCACCAAAAAAUAAAAUCUUUCAGUGCUCCUGCCAAAACAUUUGUAAUUGUAGUCAUGUUUCUUCUUAUCCCACUCAUUCUUCACAGGCGUUUGUAAAGGUAAAGCAUGCUUCAUGUCGACCGUACAACUUUAACGUUAGGGUGGAGCAAAGUGGGUGUGUGUUUAUAAGAGCAUUGUUGUGUCAGAGUUGGUCCCUUGAGAGAAACUGCAAACAGGGAGCAGGUAACUGAUUUCCUGCGUCUGUGUUCAGUAUUUAUGGUGUGAAAUAUAUCAUUUGGCAAUGGUGUACAUUGAUAUCUCUAAUUGUUGAAUCACCAAUAUCUGUGUAACUUCUGUUUUGAUUUUCAAAAAGGUAAAGGAUCAAUGAAUUAAAUACUCAAUGAACUCUGA